AUCCAUCAUGCCAAAGAUGGCUUGCAGCGUUGGAUAUGGUCUAUGGAAAUUUACCAUAAUGUCCUUUUUAUUAUGUAAGGCUCCUCCUACCUUUGAGAGACUUAUGGACCAGGUAUUAAAAGGAUUGCACUGGAAGACCUGUUUGGUAUACCUCGACGAUAUCAUAGUGUUGGUUAAAAGCUUUAAUGAAGAGCUUAAGAACUUAGAAAAGGUUUUCCAACGGAUAGCUGGCGCUGGUCUAAAGCGAAGUCAAAAGAAGUGUUCCGUUCUCAAAAACGAAGUAAGCUAAAACGGAGAAUCAUUUGCACAGUUAAUAAAAAGAUAGAGGCAGUAAAAGAUUGGCCCACUCCUAAAAAUUUACACGAAUUGCGGAGUUUCCUUGGACUGUGUACUUAUUAAUGACGAUUCGCUCCAAAUUUUGGCAGAGUAGUUAGUAGCCUCUAUGAACUCACGAAAAAGAACAUAAUCUUUGAGUGGAAUAAAGAACAGUAAGUGGCUUUUUAAACUCUGAAGAAACAGUUCUUCAAGUACUGCGCCUGUUGUAAUAGAAAGUGAAUUGUGUAGAUGGCGCUCAACACGGCUUGUGUUAAGACGAACAUCAAGGCUGAGUCAGAACGUGUAGAGAGUCCAGACGGACAAGUUGUGUGUCAAUGACAUAUCUUAAUAAAUAAACGACUUAAUAAUUUUGUCUUAUGUGGUACCGUUUAUUAAUAUAAAUCCUUCAAACACAACAUGGCGCUGCGGCUAAAGAACGUUUAAGUGCAAUUAGAGAAUUUUGUUAAUUGUGUGAAUUUUGUUAAGUGUUGAAGUUAACAAACUGUAAAAAUGGUAAACGAAACAGAACCGGUAAAAACAUUAAGUCGCACUUUUAUUGCAUGUAAUUGGAAACUCUUGCAUCGACAUAUACGAAACGCUCAACCUCACAUAGGAACAAAAGAAGAGCUAUGAUGAGGUAAUAAAGAAAUUUGAAUAAUAUUUUGUACCUGCAAGAAAUGAGAGUGUAAAUUCACACAUAUUUAAUACACGUAAUCAACGUGAAGGAGACAAAUUUGACGCAUACUUGACGGAACUACGAAAAUUAAGUUCGGAAUGCAACUUUGGCGAUUUGAAAGAUAAACAGAUUCGUGAUCGCAUAGUAGCAGGAAUACGUGAUAUAAAAGUAAAGGACAGAUUAUUAAGAGACUUGAAUUUGGAAAAAACGAUUCAUAUAUGCAAAGCGGCCGAGUUAGCUGUGAGUCAGGUUAAGAAAAUGGAUGGCUCGUUGGAAUCUGACAUAAAUACAGUACAAAGCAAAACAGGCACCAACAAAAAAAUGGCGCCAAAAGGCACGGAACAAGCUAAGCAGAAGCAACAACAGGUGGUUAAAGAAAGAGAUGGAAGAUACUCAGCAUCCGGUAAAAUUUGUGGUUAUGCCCGGCAUAUGGUAAAACAUGCAAUUCAUGUAAGAAAAUCGGACAUUUUAGUAAGGGAUGUCAUAUAAAAGAUAAUAAAAGUAAAAAAGUGAGUUUUGUUGAUUCUUAUGACAAUGAGUACAGUGAAUUAUUUGUUGAGUUAAUUCAUGUUUAUAUGAUUAAUGUUAAAAAAGACUGGCUACAAACAGUAGAGUUUGUCGAUUAUAAUAAUUUUCCGUGGUCUCGUUUUAAAAUUGAUACAGGCGCACAAUGUAAUAUAAUCUCUACUGAAAUGUGUAGAAAGCUUGGAAUUACUGAUAUAAAAAGUCUACGUUUCAAUAGUUCUGCUAUGAUAGAGGAAAAUUUGAACAUCUCUGACAAUCGAUUGGAGGAUAUUAAAAAUGAGACUGUAAAGGAUAUCGAGCAACAAGAAGUAUUAAAGUACAUUCGCAAUGGCUGGCCUAAUAAUAAAAGUGAAGUUUCUGAAAGUGCCAAGCCAUACCUUACGUUUAAUGAUGAGUUAAGUGAAAUAAAUGGUAUAAUUUAUACAGGAAAUUGUAUUGUAGUUCCUAAUUCUCGUAGAAAAUAAAUGUUGCAAAAAAUUCA